GCCGGCCCGAAAUAACGAAGCGAGAUCAGCGAGAGAGGAGCGGACUCGGCGGAGGCUGCGUCGAUGGCCGAGGCGGCGGAGGAGACGGUGAAGAAGAUUCAGAUAUACUCGUCGUCUUCCUCCUCCUCUUCGAGACAAGUAACUCCCUUCUGGAAAGAGAAGUAUGAGAGGGAUGCUAAGAAAUACUGGGAUAUCUUCUACAAGCGUCACCAAGAUAGGUUCUUUAAGGACCGGCACUACUUGGACAAGGAAUGGGGACAGUACUUCCAGGCUCCGGCGGGGGGAAAGCUUGUUGUUUUGGAGGUUGGCUGUGGAGCUGGAAACACAGUUUUCCCUUUACUCACCACAUACCAUGAUAUUUUUGUUCAUGCAUGUGAUUUUUCACCACGUGCCAUUGACUUGAUAAAGGGACACCAAGACUUCACAGCUGACAAGAUCAAUGCAUUUGUUUGUGAUCUCACUGUAAACAAACUCAGUGAAAUAAUACAGCCUUCAUCUGUUGACAUUGUAACCAUGGUUUUUGUGUUGUCUGCAGUAGCUCCAGAAAAGAUGCCUUUAUUUUUGCAGAAUAUCAGAAAGGUUAUUAAACCAAAUGGUCGUGUGCUUUUCCGAGAUUAUGCCGUUGGCGACCUUGCCCAGGAGAGAUUGACUUGCAAGGAGCAACAGAUCAGUGAGAAUUUUUAUGUCAGAGGUGAUGGUACUCGUGCAUAUUACUUUUCAGAGGAGUUUUUGACAAAUAUGUUUGCACAAAAUGGUUUUGAUGUUGAGGAAGUUGGCAUCUGCAACAAAAAAGUGGAGAACCGGUCACUAGAACUAGUGAUGAAUAGGCGUUGGAUUCAAGCUGUUUUUCCCCUCACCCCUUUAAGUUCUCAGAGAUCAGCUAGAAGACUUGAUCUUGUCGAUCAUGAAGGGAAUAGGCACACUGGUAAUUAUCUGAAGGAUCAAGAUGAUAUAGAAAUUGACCUGUCUGAGAGUAUUACGACCAUGUUUGGUGUAUCACCAUCUAUUGAUGAGGAAAUCAAGAUCAAAGCUAACGGUUACGACUUCAGAAUAAAAGCACUUGCCAAAGAAUAUCAGCACACUUGCAAAUCAACAGGACUUAUGUUAUGGGAAUCUGCUCGUCUCAUGUGUAAUAUAUUAGCUGAAAACCCCUCAAUUGUAUCUGGGAAAAGGGUGUUGGAGUUAGGUUGUGGCUCUGCUGGUAUUUGCUCAAUGAUAGCUAUUCAGUUUGCUAAGCUCAUGGUCUCAACAGAUGGAGAUAUAGAAACUCUGAAUCUUUUGAGACAGAAUAUCAUCUCAAAUGUGAAACCGGAUUUGAUGAACAAAAUGAUUGUUAAAAAGUUGACGUGGGGAAAUAAGGAGGAUGUGAAGGCCAUUAAAGAUCUUUGUAGCCACGAAGGAGGUUUUGAAGUGAUCAUAGGCACUGACGUAACUUACAACCAUGAUGCUAUUUUGCCUCUGUUUGAGACUGCAAGGGAGCUGAUUUCUGAUAUAGAGAGUGGGGAUUCAAAGCCAGCUCUUAUUCUCUGCCAUAUUCAAAGGAGGGUAGAUGAAGGCUCGAUAAUCUCAAUUGCAUCACGAUUUGGAUUUCGGCUUAUGGAUAAGUGGGCUAAUGGAAUGCAUCCAGGUAAUGGCAUGAUCAGUUCUUGGUUUGGUGAAGAUAUUAAAUAUGGAACCACUUUUCAGAAUGCACCACUAGCUAUAUUGUAUUUUAUUAUCUGAUUAACUAUUUGUGGGCUGGUAUUGUGUGUUAUUGGUGGUAACAUUUAGUAUAAAAUUGCUUUUCAGAGUGUACCACUAACUAUAUUGUAUUUUAGUAAUGAUAAACUAUUUGUUGACUAGCAUUGAAUAAUUGUAUGUUAUUGAUGGCAACAUGUAGAACUACAUAAUUCAUUCUUUUUCCUUUCUUUA